UAUGUAAUAAUUCCAAAAAGAAAUACCAUAACAACCACAAAUUACUCCUCAGCCAAACCAAUAAUAAUCCAAAACUAUCAUCUAUAUUGAGAAUCUUGAUCAGGUAUUAAUAAAUUAUAAAUUUAAUAGGGUAUCUCUGAAGAUUAUUUAUAUCGUAAAUUUAAAGAAGUGGGAGAAAUAUAGAGCUUAAAAAUCACAAAGGAUAAAUAGACUUAAAAAUCUAAAGGGCAGGCAUUCAUUACAUUUUUGCAUCCAGACUCAGCAGAAGAAGCUAGAAAAAAAUUUAAUAACUAAAUAUUCAUCAGAAAUAACAUAAGAGUGAAACCUUACUUUAAUUUCCAUGGAGCAGACAAAAAGGCCAAUAUUUUCAUUCAUAAUCUACCUGAAGAUGCAGAUGACUUAGAAUUAGAAUAAGAAUUUUCAAGAUUUGGAACAGUGCUAUCUGUAGAUGUACAUAGAGAUCAAACAGGAAAGCAAUUAAAGUAUAAUUAAAGAUUUAGCAAUUUAGUUAUGGUUAUGUGUAAUUUGAAAGAAAAGAAGAUGCAGAAAACUUAAUUAAGAGAAUUUUAAAUCAUCCACUCACUCACAAAGGCAAACUUUUGAAAUUAGAAUAAUUUAAAGCUUAAUCAGAAAGAAAAGUAGAAUCAACAUCUAUUUACUUAAGAGCAUUUGCAGCUCCAUUAUCAUAACAAUUGAUGAGUCAUGAUAUCGUUGUUAGAUCAUUUGAAUAUGGAUGGUCUUUAGUGAUAAAGGAUUAUUUAACAAGAAUUUAAGGUGAUUAAUUAAAGGACUGUUUUGUCAAAAUAGAUUAAGUUACUAGAUAACCAUGGGCAAUGAUAACAUUUGAAACAUUUGACUAAGCUAAAGCAAAUUUAGAUAUUUGUGAAAGUUAAAGGAAACAUCCAUGUUUUAUUUCAGGUGCUCAUAAUGCAAUUGAAUUAAUUAAAAAGUUUGGACCUCCUGCCAAUAGUGAUGGUAGCUUACCAUUUACUAUUGAAUAAAUUACUCCUUAUUUUGAAGAAAUGAAGAAGGAUCCACAUGAUAUUUUCAAAGGUGAAAGUGAUAACUUCUUUUUUAAUAUGGUUUAUAGUAAACAUUUGAAUCCAGAUGAAAGAUUAAUCAUCAUCCAAAACAUUAAGGAAGAUGUAACAAAAGAAUAAAUCUCUGAAUUUUUGGGAUAAUUUGGAAAAGUUAUUCGUUUAACAAUCAGAAAAACUAAAAAUCCAAGAUUUUAAGUUUAAUAAUGCUUUGUUCAUUAUUAAACAUUAGAAGAUUCAAAGAGAGCUCGUUCAGAACUCUAUGAUGAUUCAAAUGAAAAAAUUUGUAAACAAAGAAAAGAAAUCUUCAAGGAUGGUCAUGCUGUUGCAAAUAUUUUAUUAUCUAAAACUAUGAGAAAAGAGUUUAAGGAAAUUAAAAAGCAAAGCUAAAAUAUCUUUACUAAUCCAGGAGGAAGAUAAUUAUUAUAACCAUAGUUAUAAACUUUCUAAAUGAUGCCUCCUAUGCCCUUCCCUCAUCCUCAUCCUCCAAGAAACCCUCCUAGAGGAGCAAGAUAUCCAUUCACUCAAUAAUAAUAAAGACCUAUGCAAAGACCUCCUGCAAUAAGACCAACAGAACCUAUAAGAAUGGAAAAAUAACCAGCAUCUUUCUUAGAAGAAUUUAUGAAUUAUCAAACAGUUUAAAAUAGAAUGGAAGAUUUCUUGAAAAUUCCUAAUGAUGCUUAAAGAUAAGUUUUAGGUAAUUUAUUAUUCCAGAAAGUGUUUGAUAUUGUUAAAGAAAAAGAAUCUACAAAAAAAGUUGUUGGUAAUAUUUUGAUAUUAUUCUUUAAGGUAUGUUGAUUGAUCCAUCUCAAUUUGAUAUAGGAGAUAUCUUAAACAUGUUUGAUGAUGUUAAUGAACUUUAGACCUAUAUAGAUGAAGGCCUCUAAUUGAUUCAUGAUGAAUAAUAAGCCAAUUGAA